AUGUCUCUCUCCUCCCUACCCAUCGAGCUCAUUUACGAGCUUGCCUUUGAGCUUGUGACGCCAGACCUAAACUCCCUCAUCCAAACGAGCCGCCACUUUUGCUCCAUACUCAACCCGGUACUUUGGGAUCCAAGGUCAUUGGUAGACGCUACAACAUCCGACUGUCUGCAUGCACGCAUCCUUGAGAGAUUGGGUGCGGAUACCAGCUCCAUCUUCUACCAAGCCUCUAAGACGGGCAAUGUCCACACAGCCCGCAAACUCCUCGAUGAAUACGACGAGGACCCUGAUUCAAAGACAAUCGACUCUAUUUCGGUAAUCGCUCCGGCUCUCAUGGCUGGCCAUGAAGACUUCGUACGUCUCAUGGUAGAGAGAGGUGGUCUACGCAAUCCCAAUGACAAGCGUAUGGCCAUUGCAAUAGCGAUUAGAACCGCCAAUGCGGGGAUCGCCAAGAUCAUCUUGGAAGGAGAGGGAAAACUAUGUGACCGCAAACUACAACCAUGCUUCUUGCAGGCGAUUAGAGGCAACGAAUCUGAAAUAAUGGGUUUGAUUCUGGAGCAUGCCUCCGAUUCAGAUGGCUUCAUUCUCAACCCAAUCGCCGUCGACAUAGCAGUGAGCAAUGAGUCAACCUCUGCACUUGGUUUCCUGCUCGACAAAGGAGCCAAUAUCAGCAAUGUUGUUCUUCAAAGUGUGGUGGAUAAUGGACCAAAAGUCGUCCUACGAUGGCUCAUAUCUCGAGAUGCGACCGCGGGAGUCCGGAAGGGGUUUGCUGCUGAUGAUGCACUAUCGCUAGCACUCGAGGACGCGCUACCUGAACCAUUACAGUGGCUACAUUCAGAUUACAGCAGUGAAUCUGAUGAUCCUGAUGAUUGA